CACAAAUUGUAAGUAAACAUAUAAAAAAUAAUCAACUGUUAUCUGUAAAGAGAAAAUACGAUAAAAUUGCAUACAUUCUAACCUACUGGAAAGUGUAACGGAAUUAAAUAAUUAGGCGCCUUAAGCUAAAAUGCAGUAUGGAUCGCAAUUUGAAACAGGAAGCCUUGCCGAAUGCCAUUUCCGGGCACGAAGCCAGAAACUGGACGGCACUGCAUGAUGCCGCCGCUGCUGGCGAUGAUCGCUGUGUUCAAGUACUACUCACGAGCAAUACUGAUCGUCUGGCCAAGGAAUCCGGCCAGGGUAACACACCGUUGCAUGAGGCAGCGAGCCGCGGGUUUAGUCGCUGCGUUAAACUGAUCUGCAUGCCGCCGUCGACGUCGGCGUCAACGUCUAAAACACAGCAUAAGGAUAAAAGCAGGCUGAAGGCGAGGGUGGCAAAUACAAUUGAGGCACUACAUAAUGCUACACUGAGUAUUAUCAACAAUGAAGGACUCUCAGCGCUGCACUUGGCGGCACAGAAUGGUCAUAACCAAAGUUCCAGAGAACUUUUGAUGGCUGGCGCCGAUCCCGAUGUGCAAAACAAGUAUGGCGAUACAGCACUGCAUACGGCGUGUCGUUAUGGUCAUGCGGGAGUUACGCGGAUAUUGCUCUCGGCGCUCUGUGAUCCCAACAAGACGAACCUCAACGGGGACACGGCUUUGCACAUCACCUGCGCUAUGGGCAGACGCAAGUUGACUCGUAUUCUGCUCGAGGCAGAUGCUCGAAUGAGUGUAAAGAAUGCACAGGGCGAUACGCCACAGAGCAUUGCAAUGCGCAAAAAUUAUAGGGAGAUUCUGGAGAUCCUAAAUACGCCGAAACGCAUACGUAAUCGCAAAGAAAAGCCAAAGGAUAAUGACAAAGCGACACCGGUGCAGGAAAAGGAUAAAGAUUGUGUAGACAAGGCAAUCAAUUGGUCGCCAUAUGGCUGUCAUUAUUUUCCUGAUCCACGCUCAUUUCCAUCGCCCAAGCUGGAGACGUUACCCAAAGAGCCGCUGAAGCAAGGCGAACAGUACUUUCUCGAUCUGGCGGGUCACAUACACAAGGGUCCAGUGAGUGUGGGCAACACCUGUUACUGUGGCCCCUUCUUCCGGCACAUCGAGAACAAAUUGAAUUGCAAUCGCAAGAGCCUGAAAAAAUAUGUGCACAAAACAAAGGAACGAUUGGGCCACAAGGUGCAGGCGCUGGCCAUGAAAACAAAUGAUCAAAUUGAGCAGUUAACCCGCACAAUGAUCGAGGAUCGGAUGCGAUGCGAGAGUAAGCGACAGUAUCUAAAUGAGUAUCUGCGUCGGGGCGAGCCAAUGCGUUCCACAUUCGACAAUCAGACAAAGAGUCAGCGGGUUGAGCGCACGUUGUCUCGAUGCCGUAGUUUGGAUCUACUCGAUAGCAACUGCGAUGCAAAUAAACUCUGCAAUUCGAAGAGCGUCGAAGUUCUUGAGAAUGAUAACCAAGCUGUUGUUACAUCUGUUUAUCACUCCCAUCAUGGCAGGCAAAUAGCUGAGAAUAGUGACACAAAUGACGAUACUCAAUCCAAUUCGAGCACUGAAGUUCCAGGCAAUAGCACUGAUCCAAUUGCUACAUCAUUACCUCUGCCACAAGAGGAAUUGAAGAAGUCUAAACUGAAUGAACUUAAGCUAGACUUUUUAAAAGUCUCAGAGAGAUUGGGUGAUUUGCUGGAGAAAACUUCGCUGAUCAUGGAGCGAGAAAACGAAGAGGAGAAUAAACUCCAACUGUGUUCGCUUUCUCCUGGCCAGAGCGAUCCAUCCACCUACAGUCCUGGGAAUCAAUGCAAUUUGCUAGAGAGCAAGGACAGCGGCCACAGUCCAAACUACGAUGAGUACACGCAUGUGCAGCGACGUUAUCCCAAUUCAAGUGAAACAUCGAAUCCCUCACAGAAUUCAAACAGCUGGGAGUUUGAAAUGUCACCGUCAGAGACGCAAAAGUAUUACCAUUGCAUUACCAGAGGCGACAACAUGCUGAAUACAGUGAUCAAAGCUCUGCGCAAAGAUGCCUCUUUUGCGGAUCUGCAUAAAGAUGAGGUAGCACUCAAUGAGAAUGCGGACAGAAUGUGUGGAGAUAAGUUGAUGUAUAAGGCGCAACAGCAACACGCGACACCAUCGCCAGCUUCAUCGCGCAGGGCUGAAGCAACAGUUUUCGAUACUCAACAAUCCAUCUCGAAUCUGUUGAAGCGUCAGGCACUCUGUUUGGAUGAAAACUUCUCAGCGAACUCAACGCUAUACUACACAAAUCCCAAUGACAUUUCUCCAGGCCAGGAGACGCCAAGACAGUCGGAGGAUAUGCUUCUAAGAAGGCAAAGCCCGAACGAUGCUCCAUCAAAGGUUGAAAUUCGAAAUAGCGAAAUUAAAUACCUAAGGAAACCCAUUUCCGGUCAAGUUAAGGAUAUGGUUGCCCAGUUACAGGGUAAAAUAGAUUCUAGCUCGCAGUCAGCGCAAGAAAUGCCUUUAAGUACAUCUGCCCUGCAUUCGCCAAUUGAGUUUAGCUCCCGCUUGAAUAACAACUUGCAUUCGCAUCCACAUCCACUCCCACUUGGUAUGCUGGCUAAUGAAAACGCUGCUACUCCUUUGCACAAUUCAUCCACUCUAUACGCCGCCCAUGCGAGAAAUGCACAUUCCAAGUUCGAUGUACCGAAAGAUGCCUAUUUUCACGAUCUUCCCAAUCGUGUACGCAAUCUGCAACGAGCUCAGCCCAUCUACUCGGGCGACUUGACCAAUUCGCGACAUCUAAGAAGUUUCCCUGGUCAGCAAUUACAUCACGGUUCUGGAGCGACUUUCCAUGUCCAUGUCCCGAGCGAAUACGCAAACCAAACUGUCAGUCUGGCAAAUGGAAAUGAACCACAGCAUUUGCAUUCCAAUGUUCAUGUGCAGAGUGAGCAUUCGAUAAGGGGCUACCCAAUGAGCUAUCGCGGUCACCUGCCACCCGAUGUCCUGGGCAAUGAUGGAUUAGCUACAGAUGGCGAUGAGAUCGCUGCUGUUGGUCUAUAUAAUAAUGUGUCCAGUUUGGUUUGAGGUGGUUUGGUGGAAUGAAAACAAAACGAUCAAAUGUUUAAGAAACAAUCGUGGAGUUUUUUUGGAAGCCACCAAAAAGUUGUAAAUAGUUCUCACAAUGUAUUUAUCAUCAUAAUUAUAAAUUGAAUGUUCAUUCUUGCGGUACACUAGAUAUUUGCCAAAUUCAAAUUCUGGACGUUUUUUUUAGCCUUAGCCUUGUAAUGCAGCAACAUUAGCGAUAUUUUUGUGUUCUUAAAACUGUUUUUUAAAUCGAAUUUGCAAAAACAUAUCGAGUAAGAGACCAAUUCACCAAUUGGCGACAUUAGUUUGGCACCAUUUUGACCAUUUUGUUUGUUUGUCUGAAAAUCGGUCUUUUUAAGUAUUUAGGUAGUUUUGUGUAUAUCUUCUUGCUUAGACGUAAAACUAUAAAUAAUUACGUAUAUCGAAUUAUUAUUGAAUUAAAAUAUAUUUUCUUUAAAAAAUUUUAAAUAUAAUAGUAUUUUAAUGUAUAUGUAAAUAUCAGAAUGUCAAGUACAUAUUUAUUUGAUAACAGAUACGUUUUUUAUUUAUUUUUAAUACUUUUUUUUUUUGGUGUUUUGAUAGACAUGCGGCUUUUGACAUUGUAAAAUUGUAAAUAUAAAAUAAUCAAAAACAAGUAUUGGUUACAAAUGAAAUGACAAUGACAAUAUGAUCGACAAAUUUUUGAUAUUCUUAAUAUUAAUCUGUGUGUUGUUUGUUUUGCUGUUUAAUACAUUUUACCAAUUUCCUAAAGAUAACUUUUUCGAUGUUUACUAUUUAUGUUAAUUUUAAUUCAAAUUUUUAUAAAUGAUCCUGAAAGUGUAGAGCUUCUCCUCGAACUCGCAACACUUACACUUAUCGGCACUUAAUUAGUUAAUCUUAGUUUUGAAAUAGUCAAAUUACAAUAGCCAAUAAUUUAGUCACUUUAAAUGUAGCCUAUUAUAAACCUAUUAACAUUACAUAUUUUUGUUGCAUUCUAUUGAGGGAGUUUUUCGUUUUUCUGUUAUCUUAUUGGCUGCAAUGAAAUGAGUGUCGAUUAUCCCGGCGUUUUUUUUUUGUUUUUAUAUUUUUGUUUUAUACUAUUUAACUUAACAAUAUUGUUGUUGGUCUUCAGACAGCAGGGAUGAGUUGCGCUCGCUUGGGCUUUGCAAAUAUCUUAUAUCAGGUAAUGUCUCAGAGGGGACUGUUGUCCGAGUCUUCGCGCUCUUGGAUUGUAGUUAUGCUUUGCUGCAAGGCAUUCGGUGUGAGCCACUCUCUAUAAGUGAAAGGAUAUUUUGAUACUAUAGAAAUUAAUGUCAUAGAAUAUAAAAGAGAAACUCACUUUGGUAAACAUCUCUGUAAAAAUGGCACACAGGAGCUAAAAUGUGCGAGACGAUUCACCCAGCUGGGUAUCUCUUGGCCGCAAAGUAUCUAAUAAUUAGCAAAAAAAAAUAUGUUGAACUAUAUAUGUUGUUCGAUUUAUGUUGUCUACCUGUGUCAAUGAACCCGAGAAGUGAUUGCAAUUGUUGUUCAUAAGAUGGUAACGAUCUCCGCGAAACUGAUUGCCCAAUUCCUCAACAAGACGACGCACCUCCUCAUAUGUGAAGUCGGUGCAUCCAAUCUGUAUGCUCUGUCUGAACUGAAACUGCUCACCGAGCUCGUCGUGGUCGCGAGGAGUUAUUUCGAAGACGCCAGUGAAGGGAAACGGAUGACCGCCGUACGCAAAUUCGGUGCCAAA